AAAUGGCAGACGAUUUAGGCGAGGAAUGGUGGUUAGGAGAUAAAACUGAUGAAUUAUCCGAUCAUUCAUCAUUGUCAGAAGCAGACGAUUAUUCCCCCUCCAUGAAGAAGCAGCGAAUAUCUCCAUCAGAAGACAAUCAGCGUAGUCUGGAUGAUGGCUCUGACAGUCCAGCACAAGCUACAGAAAAAGCUCCUGAAAUGAAGAAACAGAAGAAGAGAAGACGAAAGAGAAUCACAGAAGAUAUAAAAGAAAACCCACCUUCAGCUGGAAGGCCUCAAGAUAUGCUGUCAGUGAUUGAGAAACAGUUUCAAGGGAAACUCUCACAGGUUGAAUGGGAUGAAAUGCAACUGAAUGCAGAUUCACAUUUUGGAAAAUCAAACACAGAAAAUCUAGAGACUUCACCUUACUUAAAAAUGAUUUUACCCAAAUGGAGCAAGAUGGUGAAGAAGGGAGAUAAGACUGAGCCUGACCCUGGCUCUCCUUUGGUGCUGUUGAUAGCCAGCUCUGCCAUAAGAUCUGUGGACCUUGUCAGACAGGUUUCUGACUUUAGAGAUAACAAAGGCAAAUUAGCAAAACUGUUUGCAAAACAUGCAAAGCUUGAAGAGCAACAGAAUUUCUUAAAGAAGACUGUAAUACAUUUGGGAAUUGGGACUCCAAACAGAAUAAAAAAGUUACUUGAUACAGGUCAUCUUCACCUGUCUAGAACAAGUGCUGUUGUGCUAGACUGGAACUGGAGGAAUGUUAAGUUGAAGACUCUGAUGGAUAUUCCUGAACUAAGACAGGAUCUCAUGGAACUAUUCCGCGAGCACAUCUUCCCACAUGUCAGAAACAACGCCUGUACACUGUACCUUAUGUGACCUCAUCUCUCAGCAGUGUUACUUGCACACUACACAGCAAUCUGCAGGAAGAACAGAAGCACUAAGAUUAUUGGAGGGUUAAAAGAUGAAACUGCUGGCCAUCGCAGUCAUGUUUAGAUGAGAGGAAAUGUAAAGUGUAACCCUCCAAAUCUAUCCCCCAGAAGAGUCGGUCAGUCUACAAACUGUGUAACGACUGGUGACAGAUGACGAUGCCAUGUGUCAAGAAUCAUCUUUCUGAUACUUGUGAUAACAGUGUUAUUUUCUCCACUUGUACGGCAAAUCAUUCACUUCAUCCUGUUAGAUAUAGUACAUAUUGUGACUUAUGACUUAUGCAGUAUUCUGUGUUGACAACAAACAGUAAGUGGGUUUGAAACACUGAGAGAAAUAUAAUAAUUAUUUCAUGAAAA